AUGUCGAGCCCCAUCAAGUCCAGCGGCCGCCUCCCCCGCUGGUCUCGGCAGGAGAUCCUGGCACUGGUAGAAGCCAAGCAGGCCUACGAGGGUCAGCGGAGGUGGGGCCCGGUACGGCCCACGGAGCCCAAAUGGGCGUUCAUAUCGUCGCACUGCAGGAACCACGGCGGGGUGGAGCGGGGCCCGCUGCAAUGCAGGAAGAGGUGGAGCAACCUCGCGUGCGACUUCAAGAAGAUAAGGGGUAAAGAGGAGGGGUAUUGGAGGAUGAGGAGCGGGGAGAGGAGAGAGAGGAGGUUGCCGGGGUUUUUCGAUAGGGAGGUGUUUGAGAGGAUGAGGGAGGUGAAGGGGGAGAUGCAUGAAAGAUUAGGCAAGGAUCAACAGAGUUCAACUGCAGACAACUCUUCUGUAGUUGAUGAGAGGAAAUACCAGCCUGAAAAUUAUGCACAUUCUGAUACAGGCAAUUCAAAUGAUAAUCAGCAAGCAGAUAACAAUCCUGAGAAAGGCCAAAAAAGGCGAAGAACAUCAGAAGCUGCAGAAGAAGAAGAACAAGAAACUAGUUUCGACAAAAAGCUAAUCAAAAUACUAGAAAAAAGCACUAAGCUACUGGCAGCCAAUCUUGAAGCUCGAAACCUAAAUUGUCAACUGGACAGAGAUCAGAGAAAGGAUCAGACAGAAAGCCUGCUCGCUGUUAUGACAAAACUUGCUGAUGCUGUAGGAAGAAUUGCCGAUAAACUAUGA